GUGAGGCUCCAUACAAUAGCACCUUUCCGCCUUGUUUCCGCCAUUUGUGUUCAUCAUGUCAAAGCCGUCAACGAGUAGGAAACGGAAAUCAGACUCUGACGCGCCGACUGACACCUCUGCUAAGAAGGCGCGUCUAAUGGUGGAUGCUAUCCUCGCGGACGCCAGCAACUAUCCCAUCCCAGCCGAUGACGCUGACGCACGAGAUUCAUUUAUUGUGCUGGCAAAAUACGCGCGCAGUCUGGAGGAAAUGGUUUCGGGAAGCAAGCCAAAAGAGCUAUCUCCCGAAGAGCUUGAGGCAGCGGCUGAAAAGCUCCGCGUUGCUGCCAGGAGUGGGAUCAAGAAACAAAUGACUUGGAAACCUUCGUGUAAGACAGGUGGCUCGAAGUGGACGUAUGAUGGUGUCUGCAACAACCCAGCGGUUUUCGGAACUAUGCUCAGGCUCGGAGGUCCACCUACAUUCAAGACUAAGAAAUUGACCGCCGAUGAAUUCCAAAAUAUAAUGGGUGUCAUUCAAGGACACGCCAGAUAUAAUACCCUGUAUAUGCGUGGAAAUGUCAAUAUCCAAUGGAAGGCAGAUGAAGGGACAUUCAAGUUCAGUGGGACGCACGGUGUUUAAUAACCACUAAUUUACCUCAUUCGAUCGUAUCCUACGAGUUUUCCUUGCUAAUAAUACCUUUAUUUCACCACCAUCCGUUACCUUUACUUCAGGCUUCUUAAUGUUCUGUUGCUCUCG